AAGUCUAUUCUACAGCCGCGGAAACGACUCGUUCGCUCGUAAACCCUCUAAUAUUGUUUUUAUAGUGGGCGAACGAUAUACCCAAUCAUUUCCAAUAGCUUCCACUGAAGCCCGUUGUAUCUGCUAGUCCCCGUGGUGCGAUCCUAUAAUCGAGAAGAGGUUAGUUUACCGCCCUACUUUGUCUCACACGGAUUUCCCCAGCCCGUCCUGGUUAAGCACGCACACGACACAAUGCCCCAUCUCGCAUCACUCGCGUUCAGUUCGUGAUGGUAGACUGACAGUCGUGCAAGCGAAUUGAAGGGGCCCGAGUACGCACAUCUCUAUUGUGUGUACUCCCCCGAAGAUUCCAGCGUGCUUGUUUUUCCGUUUUCGUUUUAUUGAUUCAUUUUUCUUAAGACUGCAAUUACGAGUUCCACAUGAUCGGUAGAUCUGUGACCCGCGCAUCAAGAGAAGCUGACUCUCAAGCUGCACCGCCUAGAGCUCCCACUCCUCCAACGAGAACAGCUUCGGCGAGUCCCGAAGUCCGUGUUCACCGGCGCUCUUCGCCCAGAGAAUCCAGUGGCAUGAGCAAUAGCAAUAUGGCUGCUCCACUUGGAUCACAUUCUCCAAUGUCGAGUUCGAGCGCAUUGGUCUCACGGCCAACGGAAGAAGAGGAGUUCUCGGACGAGCCCAGAGAAGACUCCGGCAACUCCAGGUCUUCGUCGAAAUCCCCCCCAGGCUCCUCCUCCGGCAGUGGGGCAGUGCGGCACCAUACGGCAUAUUUCCCUCCAACCCCUCCGUACUCAAAUGGCUCGCCGAGAGAGUACGCCCCUGCACCUUCGUACGGCUCAUCGAGAGGUGUCCAUAGAGUCGAACGAGUGGCCCCAGAAUUCAAUGGCCACUACCCAGCACCCCAACAAUACUCGCCACAUCCACAACAGGCGCCACAUCCAGGCCAAGGCCAACAGCCACAAUACACGCGGAGACCGCUAUACCACCAACGGAUACACAGCAACAGUUCUCCCCCCGUAUCCAACUUUGCGCCUACACGUCCCGGCUAUGGCGGCGGCAGCUCAGGAUACGGCCGACGGAUGAGCGGCUUCGGCGGCGGCCGGUCUCCAUCCGAUUUGGGCGGCGAAAUGGAUUUGGAGCGAAUCGAUCACCGCGGACAUGCGCAGUACGGUAAUGGGGGAUAUGGGAUGAUGGACGACGCCGGCCCAGAGUUCGGUGCCGGUCCGUUGUCGCCUCCCAUGGGCAUGGGCGGUUUUGGCGGCGAUCCGCAUGAGAACCUUGCUGCUAUCAUUGCGCGUGCUGGUGGCGCACUUUCGUCGCUUUCUCUGUCGAUACCCUCCCUACACCAGCUGUGUGAUCGUCACCGGGCCGUCACGGCGGAGCUGGAUCACUACGGACGCAUCAUCGAGGAGCAGGAUAUUCAGCUCAAGGAGCUUCUCGGAAAGGAGAAGCAGCUAGAACAGCUCAAGAAGAGUAUGGAGCACCUGUCCGGCGUCCAUACCGCUGAGAUCAACACGCUCCGCAACCGGAUUUUCGAUAUGGAGCGGGAGAUUAAACUGUUGAAGGAAGCUGCAGAUGUCAUGGAGAAGGAGCGGCUGGAUCUCGAGGAACGAGUUGAGGUCGAGAGGCAACGACUUAACGAGGGUUUCGAGGAGUGGAAGAAAGAGGCGGCGGAGGCCCAUGAAGUCACGGUCAGGGAGAUGCAGGAGAAACAUGAACGAUGCCUCACGGACCGGGAUGGGCUUCAUGAAGUGGCCCUGAAAGAGACUGCAGAGAGUCAUUUCUCCCUGGUCGAAGCGAAGGACAUCACCCACGCAAAAGCCAUCGAAGAGAAGGAAGUUGCCCAUCUCGUUCUGCUGCAAGAGCAGGAGGCAAGCCACGAACUUCAAAAGACCGAACUCGUCACCGCCCACGACCAGGAACUUUCUUCCAUCGAAGGAGCCCACAAGACAAAACUGGAGGAGCUCGAAGCAACCCACGGCAAGAUCGUCACGGAACUCAACCUCCAGUUCGGAGAGGAGAAAGAUGCCCUGCAGGAACAGCUCCAGGCCGAGAAACUCGAGAUCGAGGCUGCAUUCGCCGCCGAGAAGAAGACCCUCCUGGAUGAAUUCGACGCGAAAAUGAACGCAUUUUCUGAUGAGCUUGCGGCUGUGAAGAAAGGCCUCGAGGACUCUCAUGCCAUAGAGACGAUUUCCAUGAAGGAGGCGUUCUCCACCGAGCGCACCACCCUCGAGGAACAACGUGAAAGCGAGAAGAACGAAAUGCAAGCUGCAUUCGAGAUUGAGAAGGAGGAGAUGAAGAACGCAUUCAUCCACGAGAAAGAGAGUAUGGAGCAGAAGUUCGUCGAGGAGAAGAAGGCUAUGGAGGAGAGCUUCGCCAUCGAGAAGAAAGAGAUCGAGAAGGUUUUCCAGGAAGAGAAGGACGAGCUCCUCGGCACCUUUGAUUUCGCGAAAGCUGCUUGGGCAGAAGAGAAGGAGCGGAUGAUAUCCGAGUGGGAAGCGGAAAAACUCCGGAUGGCCACAGAGUUCACCGAGAUGAAGAAGAGCCUCGAGGACGACAAGGAGAACCUCGAAAGCGGCAAGAAGACGCUCGAAAUCGAGAAAGCAGCCCUCGAGUCACUCCGGGAUCAGCUCGAAGAGCGGGUCUCUAGCCUCGAGACCAUCAAGGCCAGCCUCGAAGCCGAGAAAGAAAAUCUCGUCACUAAGAACAACGAGUUCUCCGCUGAGCGGACCAGGCUCGAUGGGAUCAUCCAGAACCUACAGAACACUCUCGACUCCAUGCAGAAGGACAAUCGGAAACUGAUCGAGACGCUGAAGAAGAUUGCCGAAGAAGAAGAGGGUGGUGAGAUCAGGAGCCGAGGUGACGGGUACUACAUUGAUGCCUUCAAAAAGCUCACACGAGAUAUCAUUGAUAUCUCGUAUGAAUUUACUUGCCUUCCCAUUGCACCUUCAAAUCGGGUGCUUGCGGAACUCCCUGUUGGCCUUCCCUCGAUGCUGAACAACAGUGACGCCUCGGCGAUCCUGCGGCAAGCAUACGUGCAACACACCAUCAGCAAAUAUCUAUGCUACCGCAUCUUCCAGCCCUUCCUCUUCUCCUUGGGCAAGCGCUACGACAAAGCCGAUACAUUGUUCCAAGCUAUGUCCAACCAGCUACGGGAGAAGAGCACACGCAAGGAAGCCGUAUGGCGGCACUACACACUCCUCGCCGGGUACACCACCUACAACGCGAAGAAGAACCAGCAAGUCGCGGCAGCAGCUGUGAUCGAAGAGAUCGCUUCAUACGUCAAGCCCUUUGCGGAUCCGAGCAAGAUGGACGUCGUCACAUCCGGAAUCACCCGUAUCGUCAAGUACGCCGUCGAGACCUGGCGCUACGCCCGGAUGGAGCGUGAGAUCAUCACGGCCAGUAUGAGUGUCGACGACACCGACGCCGACUGGUGGACCGCCCAUGAAUACGCCACCAAGCUACCGUACUCGGCCGACUCGGCACUCACCAACCUGCAGACCCGCACCGGUACCAAGGAGGUUGUGAUCCCGUUGAUUCCGGUCUUCCAUCGCGAGGGGACAUUGCCGUCGCUGCACCGCCCAACCGCCGUCCUCGACGAUGGCCGCGUCUUUAGUAAGGGUGUGGUUUUGUACUCCGACUGCCUGCCCGUUCUGCAUCGCAAGUAUGAGCUGGGAGAGUUGCAAGGCGUCCUCAACGAGCUGAAGGUGGAGAGCGCAGAGAAAGAGGCUGCAGCUGCCGAGGCGAAAGAGGCGGAACAGAAGAAGGUGGUAAAGUUUGAAGAGGAGAAACUUGCCAGAGAGCGCCAAGCGGCGGAGGCAAAGGCGGAGGACGAACGGUUGGCAAAGGCUGUCGAAAUCGCCAAGAAGGCGGCCGAGGAGAAGGCCGAUGCUGAGGUCAAGGCCGCCGAGGAAGCUGCGAUCGCCGAAGCCGAAGCCGAAGCCGAGAAGGCUCGUGUUGAGGCCGCCAAAGUCGAAGCCGAAGCAGCAGCCGCCCAGGAAGCUGAAGCUGCCCGUGUCGCUGCCGAAGAGGCCGAAGCCGAGGCCGAGAAGGCGCGCAUUGUCGCCGAAGAAGCCGAGGCGGUUCGCAUCGCUGCCGAAGAGACCGCCCGAGCCGAGGCCGAGGCCGAGAAGGAACGCCUUGCUCUCGAAAAGGCCGAAGCCGAGGUCGAAGCCGAGAAGGAACGCCUUGCUUUCGAAGAAGCUAAAGUCGAGGCCGAGAAGGCGCGAAUUAUCGCCGCCGAAGCUGCAGCAUCCGCAGCCGCCACCGACCUCGAACGUGAAGCACGGGAAGAGCUCGCGCGAGCCAUGGCUGAUAAUGACGCGAUGGGCCCACAGGCGACAGACGAUGACGGCAUGGUUACCGAAGCAGAGAUGGCAGCCAUCGAGGCAGCGAUCGAGUCGGCUGUCUACGAGAGGAUGGCGCCCGUGCCUAGUGUUAUUGGGGGAGUUGACAUCUCAGAAGACGAAGAUGAUCUCGUCGAGGAGAGCCAAGGCGGCGUGCAAGUGGAGGCUGAGAUGGUUGAGGAAGAGGAUGAGGUUAAAGAGGAGGUGGCAGUCGCGCCCAUGGACAUUUUAGUGGACGAGGACCAGGAGAAGCGAGAUGAGCAAGAUGACGUCGAGGAAAUGAACGUCGAGGUAACGGAGCAGGAACUCACGGAAGAGCCAAAAGAGGACCCUAUCGUCGUUGUCUCUGAGGAGGCCGAGGUGGAGAAGAACGAGGAGGUGAUCGUGGAGGAAGUCAGCGAGGAAAAGAAGGACUUGGAAGAUGAGGAGGAGGUCGCCACGGUCGAGGUCGCUGCUGGGGAAGCCAUUCUGGAAGAUACGAUUGCUAAGGCUAUCGACGAGACCGCUGCUAUCGACGAGACCGCCACCGUUCCCGAGGUCAUCGCCGAAGACGUCGGUUCCGAGGCUGAAGCUGUCGUCGAUGUUGCCCCAGAGCCUGAAGUUGUCGUCGAGGCUGCUAUUCCCGAAAGCAACACCAAGGCUGUCAUCUCCGAGGACAUCGCACCGGAAGUCGAAGUUAACGCGGCCAUUACUCCCGAGGUUGCUGCUAUCGAGAAGGCCACUAUCGAGGUGGUCGCCGCUGAAGACGUCGCUCUCGAGACUGCCACUCCGAAGGUUGAGGCUGUCUUCGAGGCUGUCGUUUCCGAGGACAUCGCACCGGAAGUCAAAGCUGCCGUAGCCGCUAUUCCCGAGGCCGAAGUUGUCACCGAGGCCGAAGUUGUCGAGGCCGUCGUUCCCGACAGUUUCACCGAGGCUGUAAUCACCGAUGCCAUCGCUCCGGAGGUCGAAGUCGUUGAGGCCGCUAACCCCGAGGCUGUCGUUUCCGAGGCCGAAGUUGCCGUUCCUGAAGUCACUGCCCCGGAGGCUGAAGCCGUCGAGACCGUUUCUUCCGAGCCGGAUACGAUAGUCGCCGAAGCCGUAGAAGAAACCGCCAUCGAGGUUACCGCUCCAGAGGCCAUCAUUGAGGCUGUCGCUGUCGAUACCGAGACUGUUGAGCCCGUUGCUCCCGAGGCUGCUGUCGUUGAGGAUGUCGCCACGGAGGCUGCCGCCCCAGAGGCCGAAGUGGUUGCCGUCGAAACCGACGUUUCCCCGGCUAUCACUCCCGAGGUUGAGGCUGUUGAGACCGUUGCUCCCGAGGCCGCCGCUGUCGAGGCUGUUCCCGAGGCCGCCUCCGAUGCUGUCACCAAGGAAGUCGAAGCCGAGCUGGAAGCCAUUUCGACCCCCGAGCCAACUGUUGAAGCACCCACGGCCAUCGCCGAAGAGACGUCAUCCCUGGCCAUUGACGUAGAGGCAGCCACCACCGCUGCAGCCACCUCACCGCCGCGGUCUCCACCACGCUCACCAGUGAUGCCACCAGCGAUGCCAGUGAUCGCCGAAGAAGCUGAAGAAGAAGCGGAAGCCGCCGGCAGCCGCACCCCCACGCUGUCAAGGAAGUCCUCGAUUCCAGUGGCGAUCAACUCCACUUCGGCGCCCAACAAGAAGGGCAGGAAGAAGAGGGGAGGGAAGAAAUGAGUUAGUGUGAACCAUGAGAGGGAGUUUGUAUGAUUUUUGGCGUUACUUUUAUCUGUUUUUGGGACGGUUUUUUGGGUGGCGGGGUGUUCGGUGUGCUGCAUAUUUAUUUUUCUCUACUCUACUCUAUCAUGAUUUACGGAGCCUUUUACUUUGGGCGUGUGGUUGAAUUUCAUAAUGUGUUUCUGUAUAUCCUAUGUAGCUGGUGCUGAAAAGAAUACACGUCUACAUCCUACUUCAA